GUAAAUUAUGUAACUGCCGGUCCCCUCCAAGAGGGUUAUAUAAUUGUGCACUGUUUCUUCAGUAGCUUAUGCGAGACGGGUUUGAUCGACUCGAUCAAAAUGGCAUCUAACUGCUCAGGAUGUGGGCCAGGAUACAAAAGUCCUCUGGAUGCCAUGAAUGGGCCUCGAGAGAAGAUUGUUUACCUGCCCUGCAUUUACCGGAAUACUGAAAAUCGAAAACCCGACUAUCUUGCAACAGUUGAUGUUGAUCCCAAAUCUGCCACUUAUUGCAAGGUCAUUCACAGGUUGCCCAUGCCCAACAUGAAUGAUGAGCUCCACCACUCUGGCUGGAAUGCCUGCAGCAGCUGCUAUGGCGAUACCUCUAAAAAGCGUAACCGUCUCAUCUUACCCUCACUCAUCUCCUCCCGCAUCUACAUCAUUGAUGUGGGCACAGAUUCCCGAGCACCUCGACUUCACAAGACAGUGGAACCAGUGGAAAUGUUCUGGAAAUGUGGCCUGGCUAAUCCUCAUACCUCGCACUGCCUGGGCAGUGGCCAAAUUAUGAUCAGUACUCUGGGUGAUCCCUUAGGAAAUGGCAAAGGAGGGUUUGUGCUGUUGGAUGGUGAGACAUUUGAAAUAACUGGCAAUUGGGAAUUGCCUGGUGAAGCAGCACCAUUUGGCUAUGACUUCUGGUACCAACCACGCCAUAAUGUCAUGAUGAGUACUGAGUGGGGAGCACCCAAAGUGCUUGCGAAUGGCUUCAAUCCUGCAGAUGUCAAAGCUGGUCACUAUGGACAGCGCAUCCAUGUGUGGGACUGGACCACUCACAAAUGUGUGCAGACUCUGGAUCUGGGAGAAGAGGGUGCCAUCCCUCUAGAGAUUCGCUUCCUGCAUGACCCUGCUGCAGCUGAGGGCUAUGUAGGCUGUGCACUCCAGGGCACUGUCUUCCACUUCUCCAAGACUCUGAAAGGUGACUGGACUGCUGAGAGAAUCAUCAAAGUACCUACCAAAAAAGUAGUGGGCUGGAUCCUACCUGAAAUGCCAAGUCUCAUCACUGAUAUUUUAAUCUCUCUGGACGAUCGCUUCCUGUACUUCAGCAACUGGUUGCAUGGUGACAUUCGUCAAUAUGACAUCACUGACAAGAGGAAUCCCCAUAUGGUGGGCCAGGUCUUCCUUGGAGGCAGCAUUCAAAAUGAUGGUCCUGUCAAAGUACUGGAGGACAAGGAACUGAACAGACAACCAUCCCCAAGGAUAGUGAAAGGCAAGCGAAUACCAGGGAGUCCACAAAUGCUACAAUUGAGUUUGGAUGGGAAAAGACUUUAUGUAACCACUUCUUUGUACAGUGCAUGGGACAAACAGUUCUAUCCUGAGCUCAUCAAGCAAGGAUCUGUCAUGCUGCAGAUUGAUGUAGACACAACAAAAGGUGGCCUGAAGGUCAAUGAGAAUUUCUUGGUGGAUUUUGGGGAGGAGCCUGAAGGUCCUGCACUUGCUCAUGAGGUCCGAUACCCUGGAGGAGACUGCACCUCAGACAUCUGGCUGUAAACAGCGAAUCACCUUGGAUUAUCUUACAAAAUGAUCCAUGAAAUAUUACUCAUAGUUAUCCCUCUCACCUAGUUAUUAUAUUCCUUGCACUGCCAGCCUUUUGUAUUUCAAGUAGCCCUAGUAUUUUUAAACAGGUACAUUUUGUAUGAAAUUGCAGUACGCAGAAAUUAAAUGCAAAAUAAAUAAAUCACUGCAUAUGAAAAUAA